UCAAAAACAACAUGUAAAUCGAAUCUUCCAAAACACGUUCUCUUCUUAGAGUAACUUUUGGAGGGAAAGGUACCCUUAACAUGGCCUGUGUAUCAGAUGAACACGAAGAUCCAGCUUUAGCACUAUUAUCGUUGCGACAGGGAGAUUCACAAAAUGAGAAAAUGAAGAAGCCAGCAUGGGCAAAUAAUUCUCCUAUUGCAAAAUUGGCCGGUAGAGAGUUUGAGUACAUGGUUCGUCAAAACAGAAUUUCUAUAGGUAGAAACAGUAAACUUGGUGAUGUUGACAUUAACAUGGGUCACUCGAGUUUUAUUUCUAGAAAACAUUUAGAAAUAAAAUAUGAGUCCCCUUUUUUUUAUCUUUCUACUCGAGGGAAAAAUGGUGUUUUUGUCGAUGGACAAUUUUAUCGAAAAGGAUCUGAACGAAUUCUUUUAAAGAAUAAAUGUGUUUUAAGAUUUCCAUCUACAAAUAUCAAAGUCUGGUUUACCUCUCUUCUUGAUAAAUCAUCAACCGAUAAUCUUUUAGCCAGUCCCCCCAGACAAAAGUCUAUAAUUCCACUUAGAAUAAGCAUUCCAGAUGCAGAUUCAGUUUACUCAUCACCUGCUCCAUCACCUUCAGGUACAAUUAGUGUACCUAAUUCUUGCCCUGUAAGUCCUGCUCAACAAAAUCUUCCAACUCCACCUGACUCCCAAAGUUCUAGCCAACAUCAGAGCUACACUUCAGAAUUACUUGCAGCAGCAUCUGCAGCAGCUGAUGAUGACAAAGAGGAUAGUGAUGGAAUUGAUGAGUUUUGUGAAAAAUCUAGUCAGGAUUCUAGUGAUGAAGCUAUAACCCCAACUUCUAUUUUACCUCCUAUAAGUAUAGAUGGAAAGUCUAAAAAUUCUGGAGAAAAACCACCUUACUCAUAUGCCCAGCUAAUAGUUCAAGCAAUAACAUCGUCAGCUGAUAAACAAUUAACUUUGAAUGGCAUUUAUCAGUUUAUUAUGAAAAAUUAUCCUUACUACAGAAUAAAUGACAAAGGAUGGCAGAAUUCUAUUAGACACAACCUUUCUUUGAAUCGCUAUUUUCUUAAAGUUCCAAGAUCUCAAGAUGAGCCCGGAAAAGGCUCUUUUUGGCGUAUUGAUUUAUCAUGUGAAACUAAACUAAUGGAGCAAGCUUUUAGGAAGAGAAGACAGAGAGGUGUUGCUUGUUUCAGGCCUCCUUAUAUAUCUUCCAGGUCUGCUCCAGUUUCGCCUACUCAAGGUGUAAUGUUACCCCCAUCAUUUAAACCACAGUCAAGAAAUAAUGAAGAUGAUCAACAAGAUUUGAAUAAUUUUGAAGAACAGAAUGAUCUUAACCUAACUUUACCCCCUGCUUUGCAGCCUGUUAGAAUUUCUUCGAUAAGUGCCCAACCUAGUCCUCGCUCUGUAUUUUUUACAUCAAAUAAGUUUAUUGGUACAGUAAGUUCAGGACAAGUAAUUCAAGCUGCUCCAAGUCGUACUCCAUCUGGCAUUUAUUUACAAACAAAUGAUAGGCAACCAACUGAAGUUCGAUCACCUAUUAACCCACCAACAACAAUGAUGUUCCAUCAGCCAAUUAAGUCCCCAUUACUGAGUCCUAGUCAAAAUGGAAAUCACUCAACAUCUUCAUUUAGCCAUACAACUAUCGUGACAUCUGUUGUACCUUCUGCACAAUUACUUACUUCUGCUCAACUUUUAAGUGUAAAUGCAUUAAAUCAUAUGAUGAACCAACAACAGGGCUCAAUGAUUCCUAUCACUUUUUCAGUCACAGGUUCACAUUUAGAUGCUCUUCAAUCUUCAAAUUCUGGUGAUGACAAGAAAGAUUUAAACAAAGAAGCCUUUUCUAUAACAGAUAUACUAACUACCAGAAACUUAGUUAGUCAGCAAAAUUCGGUCAACGGCUUAAUUGGCAAAGUUGCUUCAGUAGCUUAUCAAAAUUGCAACAGUCCUCAAACUGUUGUUGUGCUAGCCCCCUCUUCUAGCAUUCUUCAGAAUCCUACUGAAGCUUUACAAGCAGCAAAACGUGCUUAUCCUCGUCCAGCCCUUAUUCAAACCGAAGACAUUAAAAAAAGAAAGUUAAGUGAUCCAAUCACUUCUAACGUUGAGUCCAAUAAGCAUAAUCGACCUUCAUUAACAUUACGUCAUCAACUACAACAAGGUUCAUUAGUGCAUAGUUCGAACGCUGUUUUUCAACUUCAGCAACAAAAUGUUAAUCGAUUGUUGCAACCGUUACAAUUAUCGCAGCAAGAUAAUGACAAAAAAGUAUUAAACAGUUCUGAAUAUUUAGAACUUUCUGCAGAAGAAAGUUUACACCGAGAAAAAUUGGAACAAGAAUGCAAAAAUAGAGUUCCGGUAGAGACGAUGCUCUCAGGUAUAGGAUCGGCUGUGUGCGUUACAUCAGCAAAUUCAUAAUUGCAAGUAUGUCCCAAGUAAGUCCCAAGUAGGCAAUAGUGGUUUGUUUCAUUGGUUAAGAUCUUUAUAAUUUAAGGAUUUCCUUGAAACAAUAAAUUGCCAUGCUGAACGAGAUUAACCACUAUUUGAAAUAGAAUCAUGCUGAGAUUACAAAAUACGAUUUAUUCUCACAAAAUUGUCUCGAAGUUAAUUUAAAAAUACAGCAUUCGGAAGGAGUUUACGCACAUAGUAAAUAGAAUAGAAGUAAGCUUCAGCCAUAUGAUUAACACGUCAAAAUCAUAAACAAUUGAACAUACAGAAAUUAUUUUUUUUUUUAUACAUAUAUAUAUUGAAGUGUGUUGAUAAUGUAAAUAUUUUUUUAGAACACAUGAUAUUUGCGUA